AUGGCCCGGCCCGCGACGCUGGCGGCCGCCGCCCUGGCGCUGUGCCUGUUGCUGGCGCCCCCCGGCCUCGCGUGGUACAAGCAGGCAUCGGGACCCAGGUCCUACUCGGUGGGCCGCGCCGCGGGGCUGCUGUCCGGCUUCCCCGGGUCCCCGAACGCAAGGCGCUCGGAGCCCCCCGUGGGCGCACGACCCUCGGGCCGGGCCCGCGCCUCUCCCGAGCUGCGCUCCAGCCUGCGGAGCCCCACCGUUUGCAUCAAGGAUGUCGCCCCGAACCUGAAGAGCUGCGAACGACUCCCCGACGGCCGCGCCACCUUCCAGUGCAAGGCGGACGUCUUCCUGUCGCUCCACGCCGACUGCCGCAGCGCCUGAGCCCCGACCCACACCGGCCGUCGUUUGAGUGACCCCGCGGUUGUCCCUACCGCCCGCGGUCCAGCUGGACACCAGACCGCGGGGGAGAUGGCGCCCAGGCUGCCCACCCCAUCGCCGCAGUAAGCGGUUAAAUGAAUAAAUGCCCAGCUCAGCCGAC